AUGUCGAGCGUUGAACCCUUGUUUUUGCCAGCUGCUAGUAAACAAGAGACAACAGAGCUGCCUGAAGACAUCCCCUGCAUCCUGUGCAAUACUUCCUUCUUGGUCGCAAAGACGCAGAACUACCAGAACGUCCUCAAACAUCUCCUCAUUGAACACAAGUUUGUCAUAGGCAAUUUUGCAAGUAUUGCCUACCCAGCCAGGUACCUAGAAUACUGGAGGAACAAGUUCCAAGGAAACGUGCAUGUCACAGACGUGUGUGCUGUCAUAAACACAAAUACUGGAGAGUUUGAUGCAGGUGAAAGGGAAAAUUAUUAUUUGUUGUCCGACACACUGCCUGAAGAUGCUGCACUCAGGAAGAAACUUUCCAUGAAGAAGCUGGAGGCGGUUCUUUCUCACCAGGAAAAGGAAAGAUGCAACUCUCUGUCCAAGCGGAUGUGUCUCUUUUGUAAGAAAGUACACGAACAAAACAGGGCUGCCCUGCUGAACCACAUGGCAUGCGAUCAUAACUUCAGUGUCGGACGGCCUGACAAUCUCGUGUACAUUGAUGAACUUCUGGAUCUCUUAGAAGAUAAACUAAAGAACUUGCAAUGUUUGUAUUGCGAACGUACAUUCAAGGACUGGCAGACACUGAAGGAGCAUAUGCGAAAGAAACAGCACAAGCAGAUCAAUCCUCACAACGUGGUCUAUGACAAAUACUACAUUGUCAAUUAUGUGGAUCCCUCUCCCGGCACCGCUGAAGUUGAUGGUCCUACGGAAGCUCUGGAUUCAGAUACAGAGGAAGUAGAGUGGAAGGACUGGGAGGAGAGAGAAGAUGCCAAUGUGAUCUGCCUCUUCUGCAGUGAAGCAAGGCUCAGUCUGGAGAACAUUGGGAAGCACAUGAAGGAUACUCACCAGUUUGAUUUAUCCUGUGCAACAAAAGGCCUGGAUUUCUACCAGCAGAUCAAGUUGAUCAACUUCAUUAGGAAACAAAUGUACCUCAAUGUAUGCUUUGUAUGCAACAAAAAGUUUCACUCUCAUCAUGACUUGGUGCUCCAUCUGUCAAGUACUGAACACGACAACAAUUAUGUUGAUGCCCAGCUGUGGGACCAGCCUCAGUACUACUUUCCAACUUACGAAAACGACCAGCUGCUUUGUGCUCUAGAGGUUGAAAGUGGCGACGUCUCUGCAGACGAGAAGUACGUCGUGCCCGAAGACAUUGUCGUUCCCGACCAGACUGUGCUACGGGUAUUGACCGAACCAGAACCGGAGGCACCCGCUCUUUAGUUCUACAUAUACGUGUAUAUUGUGUAAAUAAGAUUUGCAUUCGGAGGCUC